AUGCUUCUCACGAGUUUAGAAAGCAUCCCGAGCCCUCCGUUAAAAGACGAGGAUUGGAUCAUGGCAUUCGUGGAUCGAACAUGUCGACCGGAGACUGAAGUCUGGAUUUUUGGAUCCUGGGAAUCUGUGACAACAGCGCUAUCAUCACAUCGAGCUGGAAAUUGUGAUUCCCUGGUCAUGACACUGGUGAAAGCUAUCAAGCAUCUGGGUCCUUUGCCGAAGAGCAUCCACCAAUCUCUACUCGACGCUACUGACGCAGAAACGAACCAGAAGGAUGUGUCAGGAGUUUCGAGGAAGGAUUAUUCGGCUCACAUUUUAGAUCCGAACAUCAUUCUGUGUGGAGCCGUUCACGAGUCUACGACUAAGAUUUUGGAAAAACUGGGAUUGAUCAAAACUGUUUUCGAUGCGGGUCUAGUUCCAAACCACACCUAUGUGUUUGACGUAACUGAACUACCUGAGCCAAGAGAUCUGCCGAAUGGACUGCGGUGGGGAGAACUCAAGUAUGAAAAUUUUGCGACUGUGAGAGCGAGGACCCAAAUCCCCAGACAGGAUAAGACGUUGGCUGACUUGCCAAAUUUGGCGAUCUAUGAUGUCGAGAAAGGGGUGCCAAUUGCUUGGGUCUUUGUAGGUAUCGAUGCGAGCUUGACCACUUUGCAUGUGGAGGAAGAAUGGAGGGGAAAGGGGCUGGCAAAGAUGAUCGCUUUGAAGUUGUGGAGGGAGAAGAUGAAUAAAUUCUGGGAGCACGGAGUUCCAAACUUGACCCACGACUAUGUGAUCAGAGGAAAUGCAGCGAGCGUAGCAACUUCGGAGAGUCUGGGAGGGAAGCACAUCGGUGAUACGUUCUGGGUGAGGCUAGACAUGAGCUUGGCAGGAUAA